AUGGUUCGAGUACCAUUUCUUUCAGUAGUCCAGGCCGCGUCCGCCCUCUGGGCGCUGGACCUUCUUCCCAGCAUAGCUGCCGCGACAACCACCUUCCAAAACACCAGCUCCUCCGUGGACCUGUCGGGGAACCUCCACCGCACCGUCCCCUUCGCCGCCAGCUGCUACUACAGUUCGCUCGCCUACGACCCGGCCUCCUGUGCCCUCGCCCAGAAGAAUUACCUCCUCAACCAGCCCCGCACCGAGGUCUACGGGGCGGCGACGGGCCUCAACUGGGAGACGUGCGGGCUCCAAAGCUGCGCGCUGAACCCGCUCGACGGGGAGAGCGUGCAGUCGGACGAGUGCCAGCUCGGCCGCCUGUCGGCGCUGUACGUCGACGCCCACUCGGCGCAGCAAGUAGCCACAGCGGUGCGAUUCGCACGCCAGCAUCGCCUCCGGAUCAGCAUCAAGAACACCGGCCACGACUACUUCGGACGGUCGACGCGCCCGGACACCCUGGCCAUCUGGACGCACCACCUGAAGAACAUGACCUACCACGCCAACUUCACCGCCGCGAACUGUCCCGCGACCGAUUCGCACGAGCACAUCGGGGAGAUCGGGGCGGGCGCGCAGGCGUCCGACGUGUACGCGUACUUCCAGGGGUUCGGGAUGGACGUGACGGGCGGGAAUGAGGGCUCGGUGGGGUUGGCGGGCGGGUUCGGGCAAGGCGGCGGCCACGGGGUGUUUGGGCCCUCGCGCGGGCUGCUGGUCGACAACGCGGUCGAGUUCGAGGUCGUCACGGCCGACGGCCAGCUCCGUACGAUCAACGCCUGCUCCGACCCGGAUCUCUUCUGGGCGAUGCGCGGCGGCGGCGGCGGCACGUUCGCCGUUCUGACGAGCUACAAAUUCCAGCUCUACCCCGCCGUCAAGAUCAACGUCUACUCCUUGAAGGCCAGCUUCAUCACGAACACGACGACGGCGGGGGAUGACCCGAAGUACCGCGCGCUGGAGUGGCUGCUCACGCAGCACGCCACCGCGCAGCCCCUGUGGUCCGCCCAGAACGUCUCGGGCCAUGCCUACUACUGGCCCAGCCAGGUCGAGCUCUACCUGGUGUUGCCGUCAAACAAUCAAACGGCGCUGCCGGCGCUGACGCGGGAUUUCGUGGCCGCCGUGCGGGCCCAUCCCGAGCUGAUCCAGGUCUCCGAGAGUAACUACACGACGUACGCGAAGUACACCGAUUUCCUGACGCUGACCGAGGCGAUCGCGACGGAGCUCACGCCGGGCGGGAUCUACGAAGCCGUCGCCAGCCGGCUGGUUCCGCGCGAUCUCUUUGCGUCGCCGGGAAGUGUCACGGACCUGGUGACGGCGGUGCUGGACGGGGUCCGUCGGAGUAAUACCCUAAUCUCCGAGGAGUACGCCCUGACGCAGGUCAUCAUGACCACGCCCGUCAACGUGCAGAACGGGAAUACGACCAGCGUGCACCCCGCGUGGCGCUCGGCGCUGUGGCAUGUGCUGAUGACCGGGGGGUGGUUUGACGUGCGCUCCACAGCGAACCAGACCGCGCUACAGGAACGGUGGUUGGAGACCGUGCAGCCGCUGAAGGAGCUAACGCCGCGGGGCGGGUGCUACGUGAACGAGGGGUCGUACCUGGAACCGGAGUGGGAGGAGACGUUCUUCGGCGAGAACUAUCCGGCUCUGCUUGGGGUGAAAGAGCGGUAUGAUCCGACGCACUUCUUUGAUUGUUGGAAGUGUGUGGGCUGGAAGGGGUCCAAGGGGUACCAGUGUUACGAUUAA